CCUUUUUAAUUCCCAUUGUUUUUACAGACACAUUUGAUUUGUGAAGGCGAGCGGAUCUCUGUUCUUGUUUCUGUUGGAACUACAAACAAAAGUUAAAUCGUUUUUAAGUACCUAGUUGAUUAAUACUUUAGUUGAAUUAAACGCGGUAGAAGUGAAUGCGAGCAGUUCGAAGUGAAAUAUAUCUUUGUUAUGUAUGAAUGUGUCCGUAUAUGUUGGUAAAGGUUGUGUUAUAUACCUGGGUAAAGUCAAUAAACUCUAUCGAGGAGUGCCAUGAAAUGGUAUUUGAGAAAGUGAAAACAGACAUUACUUAAUUCAUCUCAGUUUUAUUCAACAGCAGUUACUCUCAAUAUAGGACUGAGCCAAGAUUACCAGAAAUACCUAACAGAAUGUUGAAAUCAGUGGAAAAAGUUGGUCUGUAGAAGCAUCUUGCCUUAUGUACCCGGAGCAACAUACUAAUGCUAAACCACCAUCACCGUCAUCGUUGUCGCAAUUCGCCCCCCACCCGCCUCGUUACCGUAGGAUGCCCACAACACCAACAACUGUGCAUUCCGACCAGGGGGUGAGCUGAUCUCGAAGAAAAUGGCCACCGACAUGCGGUCUCCGAACGUCUCCGUCACCCCCAUAAACGUGGAGCCCUAUCCUCCUCCCGGAGAGCCUCCGCAGAGGACCAGAAGCGCCCCUCAUCCAGCAGCUCUCAUUUCAAAUGGCACUGUGGACGUUCUGGACAGCUCGGACGCGGAGGUAGCGAGAAUAGACUUCCAGUCUGUAAACAUGCGGUCCAAGAUAAAGAGGGAAGACAUUCCAAGGCCGAUGAGUUGGGAGGGGGAACUGUCAGACGGAGAAAGAGAAGGGAUGUGCAUCGACGAAGAAAAUUCGGCGCCGGUACCUGAAAAUCUGUCACUUCCCCCUUCGAAGCCUCCUUACAUUAACGACUCGAAAGAAAGUCCUGUUCUUAGACUGAAGCAGCCACCUAUGGGAAACUAUUCGUUACAUAGUACGCCUAGCAACUCACCUUUACUUAGCCAACGACACCCUAUAACAGGGGUGCCGAUAAUCAGCCAUAAAGAUCUCAUGAUGCACAAAGGUCUCAACGUUCCCCCGACGCCUUCGCCCGACUCAGCCGUCCACUCUGCCUACAGUGUCUUCAGCUCGCCCACUCAGUCGCCUCUCACGCAGCGCCACGUGACCUUCACGCCCAAUCUCAGCAGGAACAACAGCGACGCCUCGCACUCCAGUUGCUGCAGUUACAGCAGCGUAUCCGUUUCUGUCUCGCCUACACAACAGUUCUCGCCCACGCACAGCCCCAUACAGGGUCGACAUAUGCCGAACUUUCACAGCAGCCCACUACACCAACACAGUUACAUAUACAGAAGUUUGCAGGACGAAAAUUUACAGUAUUCUACAGAACAAGACACCUUGGAUGAGACUGAAGAUAAAUCUGGUAUAAUACAUGCAUCUCUUCCAGCCCAGCCAGGAAUAUCUAGGCAACAGCUUAUCAACAGCCCUUGUCCAAUCUGCGGCGACAAAAUCUCAGGUUUCCACUACGGCAUCUUCAGUUGCGAAUCUUGCAAAGGUUUCUUCAAGAGGACUGUCCAAAACAGGAAAAACUACGUGUGUCUAAGAGGCGCUCAAUGUCCCGUAACUGUAGCAACGAGGAAAAAAUGUCCCGCUUGUCGAUUCGAGAAGUGUCUGCAGUGCGGGAUGAAACUAGAAGCCAUAAGAGAGGAUAGAACGAGAGGCGGUAGAUCGACGUAUCAGUGCAGUUAUUCACUGCCCCCUUCACUUGCCAACCAUUCCGACUUAAGAGCCAGUUCGACGGAUUUGCGACAGAUGGGCGAAGGUCAUCAGAGUCUGACGGUCAAGCUGGAACCGCCCGAUCCUCAGGUGGCUUCUGCAAAGAGGAGUAUGUUUCCUGGAUCUAAAGGUGUUCCUCCAUUAUUACAGGAAAUAAUGGAAGUCGAACACUUAUGGCACUACAACGAAUCCGAGCUAAACAAGCUGUACACCGAUGGCCAUCUGGGCAAAGAGGGUUCCAGCGGGGCGGUGAACAAUCUCUCCACUCACCCCCUUUUGGCCGGGACGGCACUGGCCGCUUCGGCGGACACGAGUCCUGACUUCGUGGCGAACCUCUGCAAUAUAGCCGAUCAUCGGCUCUACAAAAUCGUCAAAUGGUGCAAGAGUCUUCCGUUGUUCAAGAAUAUUUCGAUUGACGAUCAAAUAUGUCUCCUGAUCAACUCCUGGUGCGAAUUGCUCCUGUUCUCGUGUUGUUUUCGGUCGAUGACAACACCUGGAGAGAUCAGGAUAUCCCUCGGGAAGAGUAUAUCGUUGGCUCAGUCGCGGGAGAUGGGUAUGCAGGCAUGUAUAGAGCGAAUGCUCAAUUUCACUGAGCAACUGCGAAGAUUGCGAGUGGAUCAAUACGAGUAUAUCGCUAUGAAGGUGAUAGUACUACUUACUUCAGAUACUUCCGAGUUAAGAGAAGCUGAGAAAGUCAGGUUGUCCCAAGAAAAGGCUCUAAAAGCCUUACAAGAUUAUACUUUAUCUCAUUACCCGGAAAGUCCGGCUAAAUUUGGCGAACUACUUUUAAGGAUUCCCGAAUUACAAAGAACAUGUCAGGUCGGUAAAGAAUUAUUGACGAUAAAAUCAAAAGACGGAGAUGGACCCAGUUUCAACCUCCUGAUGGAGCUCCUUAGGGGGGACCACUGAAAAUGUGCCUUAUAAGCUUGGGUGGCGGGCUCUCGUAUACUACAGACAGUAUUUUCUGCUUAAUCACUACUUAGCUUUAAGUGAAACUCUACGUACUUAGAAAACCGUGCUGGACACUUUAAAAAAAUUGUCGGUAGGUUGGAUUUUUUCAAACGACCCCCCCCCCCCCUUACAGAGCAUUGUAUCAAAAUAGAAGUCAAUAAGCGAAUAUAAAAACUUUCUUUUUUUUCUCUAACGAAAAAAACGUUAAAAGUUUUUGUAUUUUAAUCAAAAUAAUUGUUUGUAUUAGAUAUCACAGAAAAUUUAUUGUAAUUUUAGAUUUUUAAGACUGUUCCUUUAAAAAGAUUCGUCUGGGUUGUUGAUUGUUCUAUUUUAUUAAUUCUUCCAAGUUUUUUAAAUAAAUAAACGAAUAAAAUGAAAAUAAAUAUGUAAUUAUGUUUCGCAACAAAAAUUUUAAAAAAAUUUUAAGCAGCUUGUACCGAGUAUUAAGUACAUUAUCUUUUUCAUUUUAAUAAUUUAAGUUGUUUAAUUAUUUUUAAAAAUUAUCUCUUCCAAAUAAUAUAUAAUUUUAUUUAUUUUAUCAAUCAAUAGCUCAAUCUUUUGCGUUAUUUUGCCCGUUAUGAUUGCACUAUAUAUCGUUUUUGGAUAAUUAUAUCUUUACAAAUUCUAUAUUUUAUUCAUUAAUUUUUUAUUCAAGAACUAAUAAUUUUCGUAUAAAAAAUUAUUUAUUUUAAAAAAAUCUACAAAAGGUUCUUCGCAAAAGAAAACUGGACAUUUUAGAAUUCAUACUGUACUGUACUCCAAGAUGGCGGUUACAGCUGUCAAUUAUUCUAUCAUAUGUUAAUUUUGAUGCAAAAUGUCAUUUGUCAAGAUUUUCAACUGUCAUCUAACCUAAACGCGUCACUUAUACGCUGUGAGCUCGUACGUAGAGGGGAUAUUUAGAAAUUCGCGAGCGCCAGUAGUGGCAAGUCUGUAAACGUUUACCGGAAAUUUGACAUAAAUGUCAAAGUGAUUAAUUUAAAAUUAAAAUUAAAAACAUUAAUUAUAAUAAAUAUUAGUUGGUCAAAGCUGUGGUUUAUAUUUUUACCUUAAAUAUACUUACGUUUUAAAUGCUGAAUUUAAGUUUUUUUAAUGUUCCGUAAUAUGUACUUAUAAAUUAAUCUGCGCCAUCUACACGAUAAUUGUGAAAGUAUCCGAAAUAAGAAAUUCAUAUUUUAUCAAUAGAACGUCAAAAUGAUUAGCAAAAUCUUAAAAAAAUCGAUUACAAUUUAAUUACUAUUUUGCGUUGUAAAUAUUAAGCGAUAACAAUUAAAUAAUAAAUUUAAAAAUUACCAGUGAAAGUUGAAUUAGUAAUCCGCCAGGAGCGACACCAGCGAAGCUCAGAGCGUAUAGAAAACUGCAGUUUUCAAAUGAACUAUUUUUAGAUUUACAUUCAAUUUUUAGAAAUUUUCUUCAAAUAUUUGCAUUUUUCUUUUGUAAAGUCUCAUUUUUGAUAAUAAAUCUAAGAUCUCCAGAGAAGGGUCUUUACAAAUGAAAAUUGAAUGUUUUGGAACUCAUUAUAAAAGGAUAAAGGUCUUCAAUAUGGCGGCUGUAGCUGUCAAUUCAAGUCAAUUGUUUUACCAAAUGCUAUUGUUUAACUGUCAGAUAACGUUAGGACGCCAUAUUUAAAAAAUUGUGGUAUUCUUACAAAGGCUUCUUGAAUUUACAUCAAAUUGACAAAAAAUACGUUCAAAAAUUUGCAUUUUUCUUUUGUAAAGUAUAUUAUUUGUAGACGCCCUGUAUAUUUUAUGAAAAGUAUUACGUAAUUUCAUAUCAAGGGUCGUUUGAAAAAAUCCACAAAAACUUUUUUACAACCGAAAUGUAUAUAUAUUUUAAGUUAAGUUUAUAUUUUGAUAUUUUUUAUUAUAUACAAUGAGGCUAUUUAACUCGCUAUCGUUGACGUUUUUUUAUAUAUUUAUGUACAGGGUGGUUUGCGAUGUUCCUCUAACAAAUACAUUUUGUAACGCGCCCUGUAUGGAUUAGUAUUAGUUCAUAUAGAGAGUUCAAUGCUCAGUGACGUUCGUAUCUGAUACGAAUUUGGGCGUUUUAUUGAAAGGUAAGAAAAAUUCUCAAGCAGCUACUUACAGAUAAACUAAAAGUUUUCUCUAAAAAUUGCAAUAUUAUCGUACUAUUUUAAAUAAUUAUUAAGUAAUAAAGAUAGAAAAAACUGGCGUUCAGAUAAAGACAAUAAAUAUACUACUAAAAAGAAUGCAAUGGAGUUUCAAACAAAUUAUUUCAAUGUUUUUGAUUCCAUUCCGUGAACGAAACGGUCAGUCUAUGCCUAACUAGUAAACCAGCGUUUUGAAAAAUUAUUCUUUAUUUAUCAAAAUAAUCUCCGAUACAAUCUUCCAACGAUUCUUUAAUUUUUCGAUGCCUCCAUUGUAAAACGGAUUAUCUUUGUUUCUCAAUGUUUCAAGUAGUCAACGAAAAUGAUUCCUUGCGGGUCUCAAAAUAGAGAGAUCAUAAACUUUUUGGCGGUUUGUUGCAUCUUUAUACGGCUUUCUCCGGGUACUAUCCAUUCAGAUGAUUCCGGAGUAAAGUGAUGGAUCCAUGUUUCCUCCAUUGUGGCAUACCGACUCAAAAAUUGCAAUCAUUGCAUUGCAUCAAUUCGUUGUUGUUUUGCUCUGGUGUAAGAAAAUGCGGCACCCAUUUAGAAAACAGCUUUCUCAUACCCAAGUGUCCAUGUGUCUGCCGUCCUCAAUUAAAACGCGGUAUCUGCAGAAAAAUUGAAAACAGAGUUUUUGCUAUAUGUGGUUUUCUUGUGACCUUAUUUUUGCUUCUGCAAUGUCUGAAAGUCGCGUAUCGUUUUAUUUACUACCAAAAUAAACAAAUUGGAAUAUGCCGUAUGUGCUAAAUUUCAAUAGCUGCUUAAUUAAAAUGCGGUAUCUACAGAGUACUCAACUAAAAAGCGGUGUGUGCUAGCGAGUAUCAUGUACUUGCCGCGUUUUAAUUGAGCACACCGCAUUUACCGCGUUUUUAUCGAGACUCGUGUUGCGACCUCGUAUUUUGAACAUUUAUGACAUGUAGGUAUUUUUCGUAUAUAAUAAACAAUUAUUAUAAGCUAUUUAUUUUUCUUUGUUGGUAACUAUUCUUCCUUGUAAAAAAUACUAUUCGUAAAUAAAAUGCAGAUACGGCGCUAUUUCUGAUCCAGUAAUAUGUCCGCUGCUCAAUUAAAAUGCGGUAUGUGACUUUUUAUUUACAGCUUUGAUAAAAAACAUGAUGUUUUUUUAAAUAAUGUUCAACUAUCAUUAGAACAUGUUUUGCGUUAAAAAGUUGUCAAAACAUAUAGAGUCCUGAGAAAAAACUUUGAGAGCCAAUUUCUCGGUUGUAAGUUGGCUGCACAUACCGCGUUUUAUUUGAGGACAGCAGAAUAGUCAAAAGGCCUUUGAUGACUUUAGAGUGUCAGCUAUCUCUUGCAACUCCAGUUUGCGAUUUUCCAUAAUUUUCAGCGUUUUUUUUUUUCGAUUAAGCGAUCAGCAUCAUUGGUGUGGGUCCGACCGCGUUUGAAUUCAGCAAACCAUCGUAUGAUGGUUGUAAUAGACGGAACAAUCUCGGUAAUAUUUUUUGAGCCUUUGGUCGGUUUGGACAGUAUGUUUUCCCAUCAAACAGCAGUGAUAAAUCAAGACACGAAAUUGCUUUGAAUCCAUUGUUUGAGUCAUUUCAAGCAACUCUAUGAUAAUAUGCUUUUGAAGGUUAAGACUACCGAAAUGUCAUGUGGAAAAUUCAUUAGAGUCGCCAUCUCAUGGUUAGGCCCGGGACUCAUUAGCCGACGUAUUAUAAGACUUUUUGGUCCUUUAAUACAUAUAAUGUAUACGUCAUAUAAAUAUAAAUGACAUCUUCAAGAUGUAUCUGUGGUACUGGUUGCCUAGGCUUGCUUCCAGGAAACGCCAUCUAGCUGAAACAAAAUAACAAAUCUAUCUUUUAUAAAGCUAUUUGAGAAUUUUUCGCAAAACCUUGCUCCAUUCCAGUGUUUCGAAUAAACAUAUUUUUUGAGAAUAUACAUACUUAACAUUUCGACUUAAAUUGACCAGUUAGUAUGAGAGAUGUUGAAAAAAUAAAGAUCUGUUUUACCAAACGUCCAUUUAUUUCUCCGAUAACCAUUUUUGACGUUAUACAACUAACAAAGCAAGAUAAUUGGUGAGAAGUGUUUUUUUAAGGAAAUAACAUACACAUAGAGCCGAUGAAAAUACGAAUAGACAACAAAAUGUGGACUAUUCAUAAAUUUCUACAAAAAAUCGCUUUAAAAAUAUGAAUCUUCAUUAUUUUUAGUCUGCCAUGACAUUUACUAUGUAGCAUGCGCCCAAAACGCUUGAAAUGUUGGAACAAAACCUCACCAAGUCAACUAUUCUAGCUCGCACGUCAUAUAUUAACCUUUUUGUCACCAAUCAAUUUUGAGUAUAUAUGUCUCACGUCUCCUUAGAGUUUACUGCAAUGCAAACUUAACCUAACUUAACCAAAUAUCACCAAAACUUUCUCAGAUCGCCGAAUGGUAUAAGCUUGCUUCUGAUAAAUAUUGUUUUCUCUAAAAUAAUUAAUUAUAUUUUUCGUGGAAGCUGUUGUCAGUACCUUGUCAUAUAUUCCUUACCGAAAACUAAACAAAUUUUUCCAUAAAUUCAAAAACGCCAUUUUAUAAAAAUCAUUUAAACCUUCAAAACUAAAUAUUACAACGACCUAUCCACAUUAAGAGUACAUCGUAUAUAUCGAUACUUGCAGACCGAUUUGUUUCAGUUUGUUCAGAGAUGACUAUAAUAUGACUAUAUUAUAUGCACUCUCUGAUGAGAAACUAACAAGGUUCGAAACCGGUUAGAGUGUCUGAGCGAACCGAAAUAUAAGACGGCUCUUGUAUCGUUUUAUAUCGAAAUUAUUAUUUCUAUUAAAAACACAGUUUUCGGUUGAAAUUCGUUAUUCGCGUAUUUUUUUUUAAAUAUUCCCUCCCCACUUAAAGUUUUACACAUGUUUCACAUACUUUUAAUAAAAUAAUAUCGAAAAUAUUGGAAUUAUUUAUAUUUAAGGUACUAGUACACUUUGGAAGACCAAAAAUAAGCAUUUUUUUCAAGAAUUUUUUUCUCAGCACCUUUAUUAAAAAUGAACAUAAAACUUUUUACAUAUUAAUAUCUAACUCUUAGAGAGCACAAUAGCUAUUUGUAUAACAAGGGAGGAAAGUGCUACUUUUCCUCCCGACAAUGAAGUUUACUGCCCGACGCGUAGCGGAGGGCAGUAAUCAUUCAAGGGAGGAAAAGGCACUUUACUCCCAUGUUAUACAUAUGGUUUUUCCACCUUCCUCAAAAAUAACAAGUAAUUUUUUCAUUUUUACUUAAUUUAUUUAUGUAACUAACCAACAAAAUUUAUUAGAACGAAAACUAACAAGUAGGUACAAUAUAACUGUCAACUGUCAAAUUAUUAAUGUAAACAUUGUUAAAUCAGAAUAACAAUUUACUGUUUUUUACCAUUCUGCAAAAUACGGAGUGUUUUUAAAUAAACGUUAAAAUGUAUAGAUACUUACGUAAUAGAAAAUAGAUAUUGUACAGGGCGUCAAUAAGUUAUAUUUCAUGAAUGAAAUACCAUGACGUCUGUUACUUUUCCUCCCUAGGGAGGAAAAGUAUAACUUUGCUCUCUACAAUUAGGUCUGGAAAAGUAUACUUUCGGUAGAGGUAGGUGGAAAAAAAUAUAUCUUUUUUCAUUUAUGCACAUACACUAAUAUUGUAGAGGGCGCAAAAGUCAAGGCCUCGAAAAAUCAUCGCGGACAGUUAAUCUCAGGAUUGGGAUCUCUGAAACAAAAAAAUCGUACUGCAUUUGAAAAAGGAAGGUUUCUUACGUGACAAUUUACCACAAUUUGAUCAAAAAAUAAAUAUUUUUUACCCAUGAAAAACUGAAGAAAAACAGGCGAUUUUUUCACAAAAAUUUUUCAAAUUUCCGUAAGAUCUUUUCUUUGAGAAAUUUUUUGCUAAUGGUGGUAAAUUGUCACGUAAGAAACCUUCCUUUUUUAAAUGCCGUGCGAUUUUUUUAUUUCAGAGAUUAACUGUCCGCUAUCGGAACUACUUUUUUUCGAGGCCUCGACUUUGGCGCCCUCUACAAUAUUAGUGCACGUGCAUAAAUGAAAAGAUAUAUAUUUUUUGUAUUCUCUAAGAGUUAGAUAUUAAUGUGUAAAAAGUUUUAUGCUCAUUUUUAAGAAAGGUUCCGAGGAAAAAAAUCUUGAAAAAAUGCUUAUUUUUGGUCUUCUAAAGUGUACUAGUACUUUAAUGUUUACUUGCAUCGUGACUGCGUGUGAGCAUACUUCGAUAUAAUGUUUCAGUCACUUUAGCUCUGAUUUUUCUAGUUUAACAAUCAGUUUUAUUGGCUUCCUUGAAAUCCAGAUUUGAGCCCAAGGGAUUGUUAUGUUUGGGUCCACACAAAAUCCGUUUUUUCUAAAGAUAUUUGAGGAAACUUUAACGAGACGAAUCUAGGAAGCCGUUCUUCAUUUCCUAUAAGAAAAACUUAAGGAAAUCUUAAUUUAUGAUUUUUAUGACAGCAUUUUCGUUAAAAUUUGUAGAAAAAAUUAGUGUUUUCCAUUAUUCCACACUUCCUUAGGCUUUUCCUUCUGUUAACACUAUAAAUACAAAUUUAUUUUAUUUUCUAUUGUAAAUAGGAACAUUUCUUACUCUACUGGCCAGUUUAAGUCAACAAAUAUAUAGAUUUUUUCCUGUUAUAUCCAUCUUACAGUUCAAGUAUUCAAAUUUAUGUUGUCUACUAUAAAGCGUUUCCAAAUCGUCGCACAAAUAGCAAAUUUUAUUUAAAAAAAAACUAGUUAUAUCGUACUUACAUCGUUGUCAAAUCGUCAGGAAAGUAGCUAAAUUUCUGGAAUUUCUAAAAACAAAAAGUAUAAAACAGGAAAAAUAUGUUUUUAUUUACAAAAAAAGAAAAACUAUAUUUAAAUUGAAAUACCUUUUGUUGAAAUGAUGUAAGAUGAAUUUAAUAGGAAAAACAUUGAAUUUGCGUAUUAGUGUAUUAUUAGUAGUUAAAAACUACGAUUUUGUCAAUUUUGAUCAAUUUUUCUUGAGACUAUUGUUAUAAAUAGUUUGAUUAUUUUUUAUUUAUUGUUUAAGUCGACCAGGAAUUUAAUUUUUGUGCCAACGAUAUGUUUGAUGGGAUUGUGUGAAUGAUUUCUUUUUGUUGCCAUAUUGAUUGGUUGAUUUUAUGAAAUUUAUCAGUGAAAAAUCGAUAGAUACAAAUAAUUUAAACAGACAAUACUCAAGUCAUCAGAGACGAAAAUGCCACUGAUCUUCUAAAAAAUUUUGUUUUUUUCAGGACUAUACUUGAAUCUUUCCACUGAACUUUAUGUUCAUUGUCCCAGGCGUGUUGACAUAUUUGACAUCUAUCAAAUUCUCUAUUUUUAAUGUAAGACUGAUGUUCACUUAUUAUAACGUUUAAUGGUCUUGAUGUUUCACCCAAAAUAAAACUGUUCGCAUUCACAAGGUAUUUUAUCACCACAAUUCUUUGUUCUUUCUUGUUCAUUGUUAGGUUUAAUUUUAGAUAAAAUAAAUAUCAAUGUGUUUGUUGUUUUGAAUGUUGUUGAAAUGUUGAAUUUAUUUCCUAUUGUUUUAAGUUUCUCGGAUAGUCCUUUUAUAUAUGGUAUUGAUAUUUUCCUCGUAUUAUUUCUUGUGAAUGUUGUAGGAUCCCGUUCUAAGUUGUUCUGUUCCAUUCGAUCCAAUCUUGACAAUUCCUUAUUUAUAAAGACAAACAGAACAACUUAUUUAUAAACAUAACAACUUAGAACGGGAUCCUAUAACAUCCACAAUAAAUAAUACGAGGUAAAUAUCAAUUCCAUAUAUGUAAUAUAAAAUGACUAUCUGAGAAACUUAAAACAAUAGGAAAUAAAUUCAACAUUUCAACAACAUUCAAAACAACAAACACAUUGACAUUUAUUUUAUUUAAAACUAAACCUAACAAUGAACAAGAAAGAACAAAGAAUUGCAUUUAUAAAAUACCUUAUGAAUGCGAACAAUUUUAUUUAGGUGAAACAUCAAGACCAUUAAACGUUAGAAUAAGUGAACAUCAGUCUUAUAUUAAAAAUAGAGAAUUUGAUAGAUCUCAAAUAUGUCAACACGCAUGGGAUAAUGAACAUAGAGUUCAGUGGAGAGAUUCAAGUAUAGUCCUGAAAGAAUCAGAUAGUAAGAAGAGAAUAAUCAAUGAAGCUUAAUUAACUUGAUUAACUCUUUGCCGUUUAAUCAAAGAAGCAAAGAAUUACUUUAAAAAAGCAUACGAACAAACCGAAUUUUACUGAAGAUGUCGAUUUUGCGACCCCAAAAAAGAUGCACAGAAGAUUGGCACUCCUACCUUGGGCUUCCACCUAAAGUCCCCCUCUUAGGGGAACGUUGAUUUAUCAAGAAUCUUUACGCUGUAGAAAAAAAUGUUUCAAGCAAGAAAUGUAGCUGAGAUCAUUUUAAACAAAAAUGUUUAUUAGCAUUUUUUUGGGUAGAAUGAAUCUUUCUCUCAGAAACAACGCUUGAAGGGACCGGUGCUUUUGAAUGUUAGUUACACCCGCGAAAUAAUUUAUUUAAAUAAAGGACACCGCACACAUUUUAUGGAAAAUAUAAUGUCACUCAAAUAAAAUUCGUCUCGAAAAUAUAAUCAUUUCAUAUUAUUGCUCCAACUCUGAACUUUUAUUAAUAACGGCGCACAUACGUCGAUUUAAUGGAUUUACGCGGCCAAAAUUAUUUUACAGCGUAUUUCUACUAAAACUGGUACAAAUCAAAGAAAAAUAUUGUUUUUUAAAAAUUGACGCAUUUUUCACAGAAAAAAUCAAAAUUUUAAAAUUAAUACAAAAUAUGCAGGUUUUUACUUAUACCUCAGUCGGUAUCUGACAUAUCGGACUCAGUAUUUGGGGUCACCCGGUAGGUAACGGCAUUUUAAUCGUUUCAGAACAAAAUGACUGUGGUUUGAUCCUUUUCUGUACACGUUUCUUGCUUCUAAAAAUUGUUAAUAGCUGGUCAGAAGUUAAAAGAAGUUUAAUUUCCUGUACGCAACUAUGUAUUUCCUUGCACUAGCUGGGAUCUCUUUUGGUAUUUUUGAAGCAUUCCUUUUUUCACGAGCCUGUAAUGUAUGUGUUGCAUGAACGAUAGCUUCACCAUCAAGCAAAGAACGCAUUUCUUCUGUUUUUCUUCUUUUCAUCCUUUCAAUGGAGUCCUCAAAUAAUGUAGGAAGCCGACCUGGUUCCAUUUUUUUUUCUACAAGUUUUAAAUAUUCCAUUUAACCAUUCUUUAUUUGCUUGUAGAAAUACCGCAUUUUUUCGUGAGUCUUUAACCAUUUCUCUAUCAUCGCCGUUUUAAAAUCUUGAAAUUUUUUUAAAUUCAUUAAAUUAUCAGAUAUAACAGUUCAAUAAGUUAAUUUCCAAAUAUUUUAAUUUGUCCUCUGGAUGAGGAAAAUCUUGUAGCUCCAUUUGUUCGCAGAGAUAUUUACGGAGUAUUAUUUUUAGGCCAGAGCAGUCACCAGAUGUAGUUAAAACAAAAAUAAAAUCGCAAUUAUUAUAUUUAAGACAAAUAUCUAGGUACUUUUAUUUUUGUGACGUCAUCCUAUAUAGCAAAAUUAAAAACCCCUGUAUUUCUGGCAUCCGCAGCUAGUCUGAAGCGUUUAACAUGUCUGCUCAUAUGGGAACAAGGAAAGACUAUCUAUAGAGAUACUGGGGGGUAAGAAUGGGGCUAAAGAAGAAGAAGCAGACACAUAAAGCCUCGUUGCGGGACGGCAGCUCAUUUGUUGUGCGGGAGCUAGGUCGUAGAUUCGUUAGGGAGGGUGAAGGGGUGUUAAGAUGACUACACUACCAUAACUAAAUACAUAAGGGUACUUACUCUGACUAGAGGAUCUUUCUACUAUUUAACAAAAAGGGACGCCGUUUGAAAUAAAUCCUCUAUUUCACCUAUGGGUACUUACUGGAUACUUUCUUACUUACGGGUACCAAUCGGGGGGACAAUCAUCAUUGAUUCCUCUUUGGGGUUACAUUGGGACAACAUCUUUCCUUAUUAUUGGCUUCUAUGCCAUAUUCUUUCUUUUCUCCUGAACUAAAACUUUCAUACAGUUGCAUCAGUUUUCUGUUAAAAUUUUUCCAAAGGCUACAGAAAUGAGAUGAUAGAUACACUUUCACAAACAUUUAUUUAAAACUUUACGGUGGUUUUUUUUUUAAACAAACAAAAAAACUUUUAACAGGAAAUGAUUUUACAGGACAAAAUAUCUACAAAUCUUUUACAUUACAAAAAAAAUCUUCAAUUUAACAUAACAAAAGAAUGACAAAAGAACUUGUUGGACAGUGUAUGUCAAAACAAAAUUUUGACGCAGCUGUCAAAGGUCAAAGUCACUGUCAUUUUAAUUUACAAGUUGCAUCAUGAAAGCACAAACAACUAUUAUUUUUCAAAACUCUUUACCAACAAAAAUAUUUAUCCAUUUGGGAUCCUUGCAAAAUUCAAAAAAAUAUAUCAUACCAUAUUUAAACAAAAUCCUUUAUCACACGUCACAAACUACACGGAAAGGGGGUUCAUCUACAAACAAGCAGGGUCAUCGACCUGAGGUGGGCUUCAUGGCUUCCUUUUUAUUUCGGGGCAAUCAACUGGAUAAACAUCACGGGACUGGAACUCAAAAUGUCUACAUCAGGACAUCAAUCGGGACUCGGAAGACUUCAUUUAAACAGGAACUUGGACAAGAUACAGGGACUUCAUACCACGCCGGCGUAUAGUACUGCGUCACAACUCAAACACAGUGUAAGAGCACCCAACUUCACUACGGGGUAAAAAAAACAUCGUGCCCUCACACUAGAUCUUCCAGAACGACAUACUAUACCCUUUACCGGCGGGUAACAAAAGGCACCACGCCCUUUUGGGGUGAGUCGGCAAGCGAUCUUCACGCUUGAAGAAAUCAAACCGGACUGAUCUGCGCUUCGGUCUGAAGCCACAGAUCGGGGAAAAUACGACGGAAGUACCGAGCGAUUUUGAUCCUUAGGGAUGCUUAGUUGACAAGAACUCAACUUUCAGUUCAAGAUUUGUUCUAGAAAGUUCAUCUACGCAUUAGAACUGUACUUUUGUCAACACUUCUUACAAAUUCUGUUUUUGCGUCUCAAAUAAACAGGAAUCUUGUAACACAUUGAAAUGUUGCUGCAAUACUUCAUGGCUGUAUACAGGGUCGGCUUGGGAUCUUAUAAUGAUAUUGAACUUCACAAAAUAAAUUAAAAAAAUAGACAUUCUUUUUGGGAAUUGGGAUAUUAAAUUAAUGUUGGAGUUUUUUCAAACGCUACAAAGCCUCCGCGCAAAAGAGAAACCUGGAUAAGAUUAUCCAGUUUUCGAUAACAAACAGAAAAAAAUCCAACAUGGACAUCUUAGGUGUGACAGGACAACAAUAUCAAAAUAUUUAGAUAAUGGCUAGUGGGGAUUAAACAAAACAAAAAAAUCGUUAGGGAUUGGGCUAGCGUGCCAUCAAUCGCCAGACUCUUUAAAGUCGAGUAGAUUUAAAUGUUUCUUGACUCUACUAAGAACUGUAGGUGACAAGAGUUUCUGUGCCUUGGGAAAGAAACUAAACUUGUGCCCUGUGUGGACCUCGCUGACAUCCACAGCAGUAACACAAGUGACAUACCAGGGCAGACACAGCCUUGUCACCUCGUUGCCUAACCGCGAGCGGUUCACAAAAACUAAAAAGUUGAUGUUUGACAGAUAAACAUCUGCCCAAACUCUGCUAACACCUAGCGAGUUUCACGGGACAUUUCGGCAACGGUUCUGCAAAACGAGGAUUUAGACAAUCCAGUCUAAACACCUCAGUGAGACAAAAUCUCACCAACAACUUACUUCAACAACUCAUUCAAACAAGACAGGGCUAGACAAAGGGGUAUAUGACAACAACAAGGGCUAAAAUCAAGACAAUAUUAACAAGGGGGGAGGGGGGAUACGUGUGACAACAACAAAAGACCGAAAAGACUAGUAUACUGGGUUCAAACAGGAUAUCAAACUUUUUAAACAAGACUAAGGGAAAUGAACGCAACAUAUGAUAUAGAGAACACUACAUCAUUACGUUUUCAAUCAACAGUCCAAUCCAGGACAUAAGAACCUUUCAUGAACGUUCACUAGACAACUCUCUCAUUUUCAAAUCACAAGCUGGGGAAAGACUUCAUUUUCAAAACAGGGCUACACUUCACUUUUCGAAACAGGGGAUAGACUUCAUUUUUCAAGACAGGGGGGUUGGGCUUUACUUUUCAAAACUGGGGAUAGACUUACUUUUCAAAACUGGGGGCAUUUCAUUUCUCAAGACUGGGGGUGGACUUUAUUUUUAAAACGGGGGGCUACUUUUUCAAAACAGGGGAUGAAAGCAACACGCAAGGGGAAGACCAAAGGGACAUUGGAAAGUAUGACAGUUCUGACGAACAACCGCUUCCAUUUAUCGACCGAAAGCAAGCUUCACCUGUACUCAACGCGGCCAGAUCCUAACCUCACCAGCCUUGUCACAGCUUCUGCUCUUGGCCUACUUUCAAUCAACAAAGAGAAGAGAGGUCAACUAACUAUUCGCCAAAAAAAAUCAAACUCCAGCACGGACACGGGCUAACAGACAACACGGGCUAAUAGACAACACGGGCUAAUAGACAACACGGGCUAAUAGACAACACGGGCUAAUAGACAACACGGGACAACAGACAAUGGGCUCUAAAACUUCCAGACAAAACAGGGAUAGACAAACAAACAGACAACAACAUACUUUUUGACUUCUAGAUAUACUCAGGGGCUUACAAACACAAACAAUAUUGAAAUUUGGUUCCUAUAUGAGCUCACACGGGAUAAGACAUUUCUUGCUCCGACUACUAAUGAAAGUGUUCACAGAUAGCUGAACAACACUUCCUUCAUCACGAGUAUUACACUUGUGACAUGUCAGAUACAAAAAGACAUACUUCAUUCACGGGGGGACUUCAACUACUUCACUGGGGGGGAGACUUCAACUACUACUUCACGGGCUCUUUUUAACUAACCUCUGGCAUCCUUUUGACACCUACAAAGAUAGAUUAGUCAAAAAAAAAAAAAAAACAAGGGGCAACACAGACAAGGGGGGGGCUUUUUCAGGGGCUAACUUCUACACUUCAAGACAGUUAUUCUCAAACAGUGUCGACAGAGAACGCUAUCUUCAAAUCUAAAAGUGACAGCUUUUCUCCUGGCUGCUUGAAAAAAACACAGAAGUGGGGGGCCUCUCCACGGUUUCCCUCUUCACUUCUUCACGGGGCCACUUCUCAAGGGGAUGACUUCUCAAUGGGAUGACUUCUCCAACUAACCUGUGGCAUGACAUACACCAACAGAGAUAGGCUUCGCUGGAAAAACAAGGGACUACUCUCACACAGACUAUACGGGGCUAAGCUCAUACACGGACCAUACCAACAACAUCACACAUCUAAUCAAAUGACCAAAUCAAUAAAUCACAAAAAACGAUUAUUCUGUAAAAAAACUGUUGAUCUAUAGGAAUACAUGCAAAAAAUACAACAUACUGUUAUACUUCAUAAUUGGAUUCAAUAUUCAAAAUAUUUAACGUUACUUUUAAUCAAAAUUUUCAAAAAAAUUUUACGUUACUUUUUUAUUCAACUGUUUGUCUAUAUAUUUCAUCAAUAUUUUCAAAAAAAUUCAAAUCAAUGCUUUCAUCAUGGGUACAAUAUCAAUACAAUACAGUUAGUACGCUACAAUAACAUACAAUUCUGUUCUACGAUACUUACAAUACAAUACAAUACCAGUAUACAUAUGGGGUUACAAGUUAAAUACACUAUGAUGUAUGAAAUGGUACAUGCCUGUACAAUCAACAGCACGACCAAAUCAACAUCACAACAAAAUGUGUACAUACUUACACCUCUUUGGAAAAAUUAUUAACUUUUGCAACAAAAACUACAAAAAUGGGCUCUUUCAUGGGGACUAACAGACUGAAACAGUUUCGGGGGCACUAACAGACAUGAAACAGUUUCUGGGGGCAAGACAAGAGGAAUCUGGGCUAAACUACAUGGGAAGACUUGGGCGAUAUUUACUCGGGUCAAACUUCAGGGUGUACGUUACAAGUAUUACAAGCGUAACACUAAGUGGGGGGGUGGCUAAAGAUAUUGGGGACUAGUAGAUAGGCUAACUACUAGUUGAACAUGUCUACAAGCUAGACUUGUAACAAUGGGCAUACAAAACAUGACACGAGUCGAGCUUCCAUGUUAUCGGAAACACUUGCACCACAAACUGAGAUCGGCUACCCAAGACGGGCACUGCCUAACAGUUGUAGUACAAAUGAGACCGAAAGGAGGCUAAAGGGAUAUGGUAGUGGGCACAUGCUAAUGGGAUCAGGGGGGCUAAAAAUGGAUCGAGCCCCACGUUGGGCGCCAUUUGAAGCGUUUAACAUGUCUGCUCAUAUGGGAACAAGGAAAGACUAUCUAUAGAGAUACUGGGGGGUAAGAAUGGGGCUAAAGAAGAAGAAGCAGACACAUAAAGCCUCGUUGCGGGACGGCAGCUCAUUUGUUGUGCGGGAGCUAGGUCGUAGAUUCGUUAGGGAGGGUGAAGGGGUGUUAAGAUGACUACACUACCAUAACUAAAUACAUAAGGGUACUUACUCUGACUAGAGGAUCUUUCUACUAUUUAACAAAAAGGGACGCCGUUUGAAAUAAAUCCUCUAUUUCACCUAUGGGUACUUACUGGAUACUUUCUUACUUACGGGUACCAAUCGGGGGGACAAUCAUCAUUGAUUCCUCUUUGGGGUUACAUUGGGACAACAUCUUUCCUUAUUAUUGGCUUCUAUGCCAUAUUCUUUCUUUUCUCCUGAACUAAAACUUUCAUACAGUUGCAUCAGUUUUCUGUUAAAAUUUUUCCAAAGGCUACAGAAAUGAGAUGAUAGAUACACUUUCACAAACAUUUAUUUAAAACUUUACGGUGGUUUUUUUUUUAAACAAACAAAAAAACUUUUAACAGGAAAUGAUUUUACAGGACAAAAUAUCUACAAAUCUUUUACAUUACAAAAAAAAUCUUCAAUUUAACAUAACAAAAGAAUGACAAAAGAACUUGUUGGACAGUGUAUGUCAAAACAAAAUUUUGACGCAGCUGUCAAAGGUCAAAGUCACUGUCAUUUUAAUUUACAAGUUGCAUCAUGAAAGCACAAACAACUAUUAUUUUUCAAAACUCUUUACCAACAAAAAUAUUUAUCCAUUUGGGAUCCUUGCAAAAUUCAAAAAAAUAUAUCAUACCAUAUUUAAACAAAAUCCUUUAUCACACGUCACAAACUACACGGAAAGGGGGUUCAUCUACAAACAAGCAGGGUCAUCGACCUGAGGUGGGCUUCAUGGCUUCCUUUUUAUUUCGGGGCAAUCAACUGGAUAAACAUCACGGGACUGGAACUCAAAAUGUCUACAUCAGGACAUCAAUCGGGACUCGGAAGACUUCAUUUAAACAGGAACUUGGACAAGAUACAGGGACUUCAUACCACGCCGGCGUAUAGUACUGCGUCACAACUCAAACACAGUGUAAGAGCACCCAACUUCACUACGGGGUAAAAAAAAACAUCGUGCCCUCACACUAGAUCUUCCAGAACGACAUACUAUACCCUUUACCGGCGGGUAACAAAAGGCACCACGCCCUUUUGGGGUGAGUCGGCAAGCGAUCUUCACGCUUGAAGAAAUCAAACCGGACUGAUCUGCGCUUCGGUCUGAAGCCACAGAUCGGGGAAAAUACGACGGAAGUACCGAGCGAUUUUGAUCCUUAGGGAUGCUUAGUUGACAAGAACUCAACUUUCAGUUCAAGAUUUGUUCUAGAAAGUUCAUCUACGCAUUAGAACUGUACUUUUGUCAACACUUCUUACAAAUUCUGUUUUUGCGUCUCAAAUAAACAGGAAUCUUGUAACACAUUGAAAUGUUGCUGCAAUACUUCAUGGCUGUAUACAGGGUCGGCUUGGGAUCUUAUAAUGAUAUUGAACUUCACAAAAUAAAUUAAAAAAAUAGACAUUCUUUUUGGGAAUUGGGAUAUUAAAUUAAUGUUGGAGUUUUUUCAAACGCUACAAAUUGUAUGCUAUUAAUUAGCCAAAUAUAUGCAGUAUGCUAUAAAAUUUAUACUAUUACUCGAUCGGAGGCGAUAAUACAACUAAAUGUCUUAUAAACAUAAAAAUUAAACAAAAUUGUCACUAUAAAACAGCUUGUUUUUGACUCUCCAAAAAUAAUAUAAAAUAACAGUAAACUUUCUAAAAAUAUUUCAAGAAAUAUUCAUUCUUACCUAAAUUAAUCGAUUCCAUCACAAUCACUUCGAAAAAUAAGGUAAAUAUUGCAAAAUGUCACAAUUUAAAAAAAAACUAAGCUAAGAGAACAAAAAUUCACGAACAAAUACAUGCGCGCGCAUUCGCACGUGCACACGUGCGCGGUGAAUAGUUCUGGAGUGGGGAUAGUAAGUUUUUGUUAAGACAAACUAUCAGGUGUCUCUAGGACGUGUCUUGAAUUUUUAACGUCAUUUUUGAAAUUUGACUUUUGUGAAUUGAUGUAAAUCAAUCUGAAAUCAAAUGAGUAUGUCCGUGAGUUAAAGAGAGAAAAGAGAUUUUGUGAAUCGCCAUUUCAUAAAUCAUUCUUCAAGUAUUGAGGCAGAGGCUUCCUCUUAUACAUAAUAAAUUAGAUAUAAUUUGGUCCUAUGUUUUCUCCACCUUGCUCUAUGGUGUUGAAGCCUGGACAAUGACAGAAACCACACAAAAAAGAAUCCAAACAUUCGAACUUUGGUGCUAUAUGACAAAUGCGGAAGUCUUGCGGAGGAUGAACAAGGAAAGAGAGCUUAUACUUAUAAUAAAAGAACGUAAAACAGAAUAUUUUGGUCACACCGUAAGAAAUCAAAAGUAUGAACUGCUCCAAUUUAUAAUCGAAGGCAAAAUCAAUAGCAAAAUGGGACCAGGAAGAAGACUAAACUAUUGGCUUAAAAACCUACGACAAUGGACGAAUAUGAUCUCAAUAGAACUGUUCAGAACGGCUGCAAAUAAGAUUAAAUUGACAAAUGUAGUGGCCAACGUCCUUAAGGAUACGGCACGGGCACCGUAAGAAGAAGAUAAUUUGGUCAGUCGUACCAAAGUAUGUUUCCUCUAAUCGACUUAGCUCACGCUGGGUAAGCUGUUUUCAAUAGCCACUAGACUAAUAGUAUUAUUUUAUGAAUGACAGUUUUAUGAAAUUCAAAAGUGUGAUUUCCUAAACUUUAUUUACAAUUUGCGCCCGUUAUUAAUCAAAAUUCAUAGUUGGCGCAAUGAUACGAAAUGAUUGUAAUUUCCAGACGAAUCUAUUCAUGUAAAUUUUAUUGCAUUUGAAUGACAUUAUAUUUUCCAUAAGAUCUGUGAGGUGUGCGGUGUCCUUUAAAAUUUCAGAGUUGUUUAAGAGUAUUUGCUAUCAAAUAUAUUGUUAAAUGUUUAAAUAGUUUUAAAUUAUUUGUAUCUAACAAACAGAAACAAAUCGAAAAGAAAAUUUUGUUAAAAACUCGAACUCACUUGUACUGGCGAUAUAAAUAUCUAGAAAAAGAAUAUUAUCAUGUUUGAAGCUGUUACAUUUCUUCAUUCGUUGUCAAAACUGUCUUUAUAAUAUCCCCUCAGAAGUGUUAGUUUGAUGGUUUAAAUCAGAAGUGAAUUCUCUCAAAAAACAAGAUACUUGUUUUAAAACAUUUUAGUUGUCGGUAGUUUUAUAUAGACAAACUUGGUCCUUAAAUGCUCUAAAAUGGUUUAAUGUCUUUCUGAAAGACACUGCAAGUUAAUACAGUACAGGGCAGACCAUUGAGCCUCUCUGAUGAUCCCUAAGGAGGGUGAAACGUACGUUAGAGGAUGAUGGUCAUCUCUGAAGCAAUUGAAAUACAAGAUGUCUCUCUUUCAUUUUAUAUUAGCUUAUUCCUAUCUGUAUCUGAGCACAGAUACCCAAGAUUGGUUGGAAUUUUUACUUAGAUGAAUAGACAGGUAGUGAAAUGCAAUUUUAGAUUCCCCCUAGUCUUCUUUAAUUCAUCGUUCGUCUGCUUUGCAAGUAUCAAAAAGCACGCAUACAGGAAUUCUUUGGAAAUAAAGCUUCGAACUUUUUAAUACAGUACUUUUCAUAGAUUUUUUACUAAUCUAACAGUAUGAUUCAAAACGUCUGUAGGUCUCGGAGUGAGUAAAAUAGGAGUGCCACAAAGAAGCGUUUAGGUACCCAUCUUGUCUUUGAAAUGGAGUGAAAAACGGUAUGGUACAAUGUUUAUUAUGUUUACGGAUGACUAUAACUACAGACAAACCAUUACUACUACUACUACUACUACUACUACUACUACUAGUAGUAGUUACGAAGAAAAUUCGAUCUAUCAAUAGAUAGGAAUAUUAGACCAUGGUAUAUAUUCUAUUUAAACCAUUAAACCUAUACAUAGUAUUAAAAGUUAUUGAAAUAAUUUUUAUGUGCUCGAAAAAACUGUAAGAAAAUCAAAAUAUAAAGGACAAUCUGUUUUUACAUACUACAAAUGUGUUCUGAUGGCAUUUUAUUUGUUUUGUAGUAUAUAAAAUUAUUAUCGACAUACAAAUUUGUUACUUUUAUGUCUUGCUUUUCAGAAAAUUGAAAAUAUUUCUUAUGAACAUUAUAAAUGAUUUUGUGUUUCAGUUUUUAUUAAAUUUAAAUUAUCCUAUGGCAAAACUAACUCUUUACGAAGAAUAUUACUUCACUUUUGAGACAGAAAAUAAAAAAACUUAGUCUUUGUUAAGUAUAGAGUCGCUUAACCGUGCGAAAAUUUGACACCUUUACCCCAGUUUCAACACUAAGGGCUGUUUCACAUUAUAAGAAUUUUGAACGUGCCCGGGUUUUCUCGUGCGGUAGUUUUGACGCACUUGUCCUUUUUACACAAUAAGAAUUGAGUCGCACGAAGAUAUUUUGCUGUGUUGUUUGGUAUAUUAUUUUUAUUUACACUUUGUGGCUGAGGUCGGUACAUGAUACGAUGUCUGAUAUGUAUAAUUACAAAUGGGUAUUUUUGUCCAUACUUUUGUCCUAAUGUACUGUAAUGCGUAUUUAAUUCAUUUGUAAUUUCUAUUUUGUCAGUUAUUAUUUCUUAUGUUUUUAAUUAAAAGUCUUAAUUUGUUUUUAUAAUCGUUGUUCUACUGUUAUUUGUGGGUUCUUGGAUUAGCUCAUACAAUCCAUGUAGUAAACUAUUCUAAAUGGGAAAUAAGCCACAAUUUAACUAAAAAAAAUAUUUGAUUAAUGUUUCGACAUCCGAUUUGGGCGUCGAAACGUUAAUAAAAUCAUUUUUUAGUUAAAUUGUGGCUUAUUUCCAAUUUAGAAUAGUUUAUUACAAAAAUGCCACAAGGAAAUAGCUUCAGAACAACAUUACAAUCUAUGUUUUUCAUGUACAGAAUUUAAAAGACCCUCCGUCAUCCACUCAUUUUUAAAUGUUGUUCCCCUCGUUUUAAAUGUUGUUUUUAGAUAAUUUCACACAAGACGCGACGGCUGCCCUACUCCAGCCUUCCGAGUCAUUUACCCUAUAAAACUAAAUAUAAUUUCGUAGAAUAAAAGGUAUAUUUUAUAUGGAGCGAAAUCAAAUUAUAGCGUUGUGGUUACUUUAUUGUCGAAGAAAGAGAAAUAAGAGGAACCGAAUUCAUUGGGUCCAUCCUAAGAACGCAAAAAUAUACGAUUUAUAGAUUUUUAUAUUCACACAUAUUGAUAGAACACCCUCUAUACUCAACGUUAAUUGCAACUAUGUAAAAUAAAGUUUAUUAUAAUAUACUUAGCAGUUUUAAUUACUGUUGUUAUCAGUGACAUAUAAUUAAUUUUGCUGUGCUUACCAAAUGUGUUUUUUUCUUUAUCACCUAAUUCGUCAAAUUCACUGUUAAGUGCACGGUAUACACCAUUCUAAGCAUUUCUCCUCAAGUAUCUAGUAUUUUUACUACAAAAGCGAUAUUACGUAAGUCAAAAUUUUUGACGUAAGAGAACUGUCAAAACAUUAGAAUGUGACUUUUAAUUAUUGCCAUGUUUAUUAUAAACAUUAGAAUGUGACUUUUAAUUAUUGCCAUGUUUAUUAUAAACAUGGCAAUAAUGAAAAGUCACAUUCUAAUGUUUUGACAGUUCUCUUACGUCAAAAAUGUUGCCUACGUAAUAUCUUCGUGCGACUCAAUUCUUAUUGUACGAAAAGCACAAGUGCGUCAAAACUAUCGCACGAGAAAACCCUAGCACGUUCAAAAUUCUUAUAAUGUGAAACAGCCCUUAGCGUGUGAAACGAGGGUUAUUAGUCCCGUCUAUUGACGUCAUUAUUGAGAUGUCAGCUGUCAAGGGAAUGGGUAGCAGAUAAUACUUGACAGUUAAUAUAAAUAUGAGUUGGAAGCAGAUGGAAAAAUUCAUAUAAGCUCUGUAAUCAUUGAAGUUUGAUGAGUUGUCUCAUGUAAAUGAGUAGUUGUAAAAACAUCUGUUUUUGCAAUAGAAAGGUCUUUUCUGUUGAGUCCGUGAUUCUUUACCCGUGUGUCAUCAAGUGCUUACGAAAUAAAUGGAAAAGGACACCGCAUAAAUGAAUUCUGAUUAAUAAUGGCGUAAAUUGUGAUUGAAGUUUAUAGAAAUCACAUUUUUGAAGUCCAUAGUCUAAAAUAUAUUAUCAUUAUUUAAAAAAGGCUUAACCCAGCAUGGCAUGAGGCUGACCCUUAUUUUGGGGUGUGUCACUGGAGGUGCAUUGUCAUUUAUUAUUUAUAAGAGAAGAGAACUUAAUUCGUGUUGAAAGAUUAAUAAACACAAAUAAUAUGCUUUUUCACAAGAUCUUUUUCCUCCGUCUAUCUUAUAUAAAUUUACAUACCGAUUUUAUUUUACAUUUAUUUAUAUCAAUGUACGCCCUUAUUAAUCAACAUUCAGAGUUGGCUCACUGGUAUGAAAUGAUUGUCAUUUUGAGACGAAUAUAUUUAUGUAUUUUUUUUGUAUUUGAGUGACAUUACAUUGUCCAUAAGAUGUGCGCGGUGUUCUUUGAGAAAAUAUUUUAAAAUAGUGUUUUUCUUUUCUGAAAAUCAUCCGAAUCAAUAUGGUAACAAAUUUGUUUAAAGUACACUGGCUAAAUUUGACAAUAUAACUGCAAUUUUAAAGAUCCGUGUAUAAAUUGGUCCUCUGUACUUUAUUAAUAUAAAUAAGAUGUUCAUCUACAAAAACAAUAACUAAAGACUAAAAGAGGCCUUUUCCAAAGCUGCAUCUAAUGCGGUUCUAGCCCUAAAAUACUUUUUGUACUCACUUUUUUACUGUCGUUUAUAUAAAACACUUGUAUUGAAGAAAUAUAAUAAUAUACAUCCUA